AUGUUAUUUUUCUCCUUGUUGGCCCUAUUGGGUCCUUCACUAUGCCAGGCCGCCUGUCCCUAUGCGCACAUGGCAGAUACCAGAGACCUCGACACAAGCAUCAAGCCUCGCUCUGAUGUCGUGCUUCCUCGUGCUGUGCCAGGAAAGAAAGGCAUCAUGUUCUUGAACCGCAUCAAUCCCUCUUCAUCCCAACUGUACAUUGCCAAUGCGGAUGGCACAAAUGAGCGCUCUUUGCUGGGCGAUGACUCCGACUACGAAUACCAUGCUUCCUUCCACCCAGAUGGUAAGCAUGUUGUUUUCACCACUGAACGCAACGGCGAUGGCAACUCUGAUAUCUACAUGGUCAACAUCAAUGGCAGCGGUCUAACACCAAUUGCAACCACGCCCUCGGUUGAAGAUGCGGCAGUCAUCUCUCCCAAUGGCAAAUACGCCGCCUAUGCAUCCACAGCCGGCGUCUACACCUCCAACAUCUGGCUCACAAACCUCGAGACUGGCGUUACCCGCAACCUCACCAACCAGACCGGUGUGACGGGCAAGCCUGAAUCACCGAACGGGUUCUUUGCACCUGCCUGGUCGCCUGAUGGGAAAUGGAUCGUCUUCUCUUCGGAUCGAAACACCGCAUGGACUGGUCAUGACAAUGGCACUGGCUGGGAGCAUACCCAGGAACUGGCUAUCUAUGCCAUCACCCCCGAAGGAACCGGUUUCCGCGAGGUUUACAGCAAGCCAGGUUACACCUACGGAUCGCCCAGGUUCUCCCCCAACGGCAAGCGAGUUGUGUUCUACGAAAUGACUGUGCAGGCAACUUGGGAUGCGCGGUCGUCUUACUCUGUCAACUCCACAACCAACCAGAUCGUUUCUGUGGACUUCAAAACAGGAACUGAUGUUAUCCAACACACCAACACCUCCGGCGUCAAGAUCUACCCACAGUAUGUCUCGAACACUAAUAUCGGAUAUUUGGUUAAAGGCGGAGACGCUGGCGGUAUUCACUAUACCUCCAGCACAAAGAAAAUUCUCGGCGGUAUGCGCUCACCUGCCUGGUCUGCCGAUGGCAAAUAUGUAGUCUACGAGAAGACCGGCUGGGAAAUUCGGCCUCUACAAAAGGAGCUGUGGUCCUGGGACUCGGAGUGGGAUUACCGCUUCAUGGAUGUCUUCCCCCAUCUUUCUCUUGACGGACGUUUGACAUUCACCUCCAAGCAGACCGGUAGCCCUGGCAAUUCUUCUGUGGCCGUGAUGCCCCCCGGUGACACGGACUUCACCGUGGCGUUCGACACCUACGAAACCGACGCGCUCGACGAAGCCACUGUUGCCAAGGGUGGCGGUGGAUCUUUCCAGCCAGCGUGGUCAUCUGAUAGUGAAUGGAUCACCUUCAGUCUGGGAUCAUGGUUCCAAAGCCGUGGCGAGAAACCCGGCUGGAUCUUCCGUACAAAGCCCGAUGGAUCGAGCUACGAGCAGCUCACCUUCGGCAACGACUCCAACAAAGGUUUCCCUAGUUUUUCGCCCGACAACAAGAAGAUCGUGUACCGCGAAUGGCAGCCUGAAUUCGGCCUGCGUCUGUUAGACCUGGAGUCUAACAAGACCACCAGCCUGACAACGGAGCGUGAUAACCUGCCGUUCUUCUCCCCAGAUGGCGAGUGGGUGCUGUUUACGCGCAACAUGACCGACCUGUCCAGGAACGAGUUCUCGAAUUACGAGGUGUGCAUUAUUCGUCCAGAUGGAACCGAUCUGACGGUGCUCACUACGUCGUUUGCUAACGAUGCACACGCCGUCUGGACUGCCGAUGGCCGUAUCAUGUGGUCGACUGGAAUGUGGGGAUUCCAGGCUGAGGCUGCGACUUAUGAUGAGACCUUCCAGCCUUAUGGGCAGAUUAUGAUUAUGAACGUUGAUGGCUCGAAUAAGACGGUUCUCACUGAUAGUUUGUGGGAGGAUUCGAUGCCGCGUUAUGUACCUAACGAGUUUUUGGAGCAGUGA